AUGCAUGCAGCUGCCUUGACGGAUGAUGAAACCUUCAUGGAACUUAAUGGAAGCCAGUCAGGUCGCAAAACAUCAAUAUCUGUCCAUACACUUGACAUUUUAAGCGUCAAUGAACUUCUGGAUUCAAUAAGAGGAGCACUUCCUGGUAUGUGGAGAAAGACAACACCCAAAGGUUUGAAAAUGAAGAAAUUCAUUGAAGGACCUGACGGAACACUGAUUCAGGACAUUUCUUAUGUUGCAGAAGUUGCAUGGGAAGAUGAUCAGGAGCCUCGGAGUCAAGAAAAUAUGAAACAAAUUAUUGACAAGGAUGUGAGAAUAAAUGUAGAAAAAGUACGUGCAAAUUCUGAAUUCAACCGAGUCAAUAAGGACUAA